GCAAAAGAGCAGCAUGGCGGACGCGGGCAACAGCAAGGCGCGCGAGGUGAAGGUGGUGCUGCUGGGCGACACGGGCGUGGGCAAGUCCUCGCUCGUGCUGCGCUUCGUGACCAACAACUUCCGCCCGUACUCGGAGUCCACCAUCGGCGCCUCCUUCAUGUCCAAGAUGAUCGUGGUCAACGACACGCCCAUCAAGUAUCAGAUUUGGGAUACCGCCGGCCAGGAAAAGUACCACAGCUUGGCGCCCAUGUACUACCGAGGAGCUGCCGCCGCCAUCGUCGUGUACGAUAUCACUAGAAAGCAAUCUCUGACGACGCUGAAGAACUGGGUCAAGGAGCUGAAGCAACUGGGUCCGGACAACAUCGUGAUCGCCAUCGCCGGCAACAAGAGCGACCUGGAGGAGAAGCGCGAGGUGCCGGCGUCGCAGGCGCGCGCCUACGCCGAGGAGAUCGGCGCGCUGUUUAUCGAGACGAGCGCCAAGGAGGACACGAACGUGUCGGACCUGUUCAUCCAGAUCAGCCAGGCGCUGCCCACGGCCUCGGCCGAGAGCAACGCACUGCCCGAGAUCGUGGACCCGUACGGCGGUGGCAAGAAGAAGUCUGGUGGCUGCUGUUAA